CUUUGGAUCCUAUCCCAAUUCCUUCUUUCUUAUUUUCCUUUUCUCUCUCCCUAAGACAUAUGCACAUAAUCUAUCAAUAUAUGUUUCUUGAUCUCUUUAUUCAUCUAUAAAUAGAAACAACAUAAAACAACCAAAGACUGUAGUGAUCACCACAACUUCAACAGUUACACACAAAGAUUUGAAGUUCUCUUUAAUUUGUAGAGAGAGAGAGAGAGAGAGGGAGUACCAUCUGGGAUAGAUAAUAGAGAGAUGUCAAACAUCAGUUGUAUAGAUGUAACAGCAACCUCUGAGCAGCUGUGUUAUAUCCCUUGUAACUUUUGCAACAUUGUUCUAGCGGUGAGUGUACCAUGCAGCAGUUUGUUUGACAUGGUGACAGUAAGAUGUGGACACUGCACCAAUCUGUGGUCUGUGAACAUGGGCAUGGCUGCUGCCUUUCACCAGUCUCUCUCAAAUUCCAACUCCCCCUCCCAAGAUUCUACUUCCCAUCUGCAUGCUCAGAAGGCUCCAACGCACUCUCCAAAUUAUAGGGUUGACAUGGGUUCCUCUUCAAAGUACAACAGCAGGAUGCCGAUGAGGCCGUCUCCAGUUCCCUUCACCGCUGAUCAGAAAAUCAAUCGCCCUCCGGAAAAGAGGCAACGGGUUCCUUCUGCAUACAACCAGUUCAUCAAAGAGGAGAUUCAGAGGAUUAAAGCAAAUAAUCCAGAUAUCAGCCAUAGGGAAGCUUUUAGUACUGCUGCAAAAAACUGGGCACAUUUCCCUCACAUUCAUUUUGGAUUGAUGUUGGAAGCAAAUGAUCACCCAGCUAAACUUGAUGAGUUGACUUAUGUGCAAGGAUCUGAGAAGCGACAAAGAUCGAGGGCUCCGUUCAUGAAAUGAGUAAAACUUGAUUUAUGAUGAAAAUCAAAUCAAACCCGCAUAUAUAUUUGUAUUUUGAACUUAAGAGGGCCAUGGCCUUUAUAUGUUUUUAAGGAUAUAAAAUAAUAUUUGAAUAUUUUCAAAUUUUAUCUUACAAUCAUGAGUGAUGUUAUUUGUGUAUUUUUAUUUGUAAUAAAAAGGUAAGCUAGUUUUGCUUGCCUUUAAAUAAUUUCUCAACAAAUUUGUCAAUUUGCUAUCGCU